UACGGUGUUCAAAAUGAGAAAAAAGUGGAAGAUGGGAGGCAUGAAAUACAUCUUUUCCUGGUUGCUGUUCUUUCUUUUCCUAGAAGGAAGCAAAGCAGAGCAAGUAAAACAUUCAGAGACAUAUUGCAUGUUUCAAGACAAGAAGUACAGAGUGGGUGAGAUAUGGCAUCCUUACCUGGAACCUUAUGGGUUGGUUUACUGUGUGAACUGCAUCUGCUCAGAGAAUGGGAAUGUGCUUUGCAGCCGUAUCAGAUGUCCAAGCCUUCAUUGCCUCUCUCCUGUGCAUAUUCCUCAUCUGUGUUGCCCUCGGUGCACAGAAGACUCUUUACCUCCACCAAACAACAAAGUGACAAGCAAGUCGUGUGAGUACAAUGGGACUACCUACCAACAUGGCGAGCUGUUCAUGGCUGAAGGACUCUUUCAGAAUCGGCAACCCAAUCAGUGUACCCAGUGCAGCUGUUCGGAGGGAAAUGUAUAUUGUGGACUCAAGACAUGCCCCAAACUAAGCUGUGCAUUCCCAGUCUCUGUUCCGGAUUCCUGCUGCAGGGUAUGCAGAGGGGAUGGAGAAUUGUCAUGGGAACAUUCUGAUGGUGAUAUCUUCCGGCAACCUGCCAACAGAGAAGCAAGACACUCUUACCACCGCUCCCAUUAUGAUCCUCCACCAAGCCGGCAGGCAGGAAGUGUACCCCGCUUUCCUGGGGCCAGAAGUCAUAGGGGAGCUCUUAUGGAUUCCCAGCAAGCAUCAGGGACCAUCGUGCAGAUUGUCAUCAACAACAAACACAAGCAUGGACAAGUGUGUGUUUCCAAUGGAAAGACGUAUUCCCAUGGCGAAUCCUGGCAUCCAAACCUCCGGGCCUUUGGCGUUGUUGAAUGUGUUCUGUGCACUUGUAAUGUCACCAAGCAGGAGUGUAAGAAAAUCCACUGCCCCAGCCGAUACCCCUGCAAGUAUCCUCAAAAAAUAGAUGGGAAAUGCUGCAAGGUGUGUCCAGGUAAAAAAUCAAAAGAAGAACUUCCAAGCCAAACUUUUGACAGCAAAGGCUACUUUUGUGGAGAAGAAACAAUGCCUGUGUAUGAGUCUGUGUUCAUGGAGGAUGGAGAGACCACAAGAAAAAUAGCACUGGAGACCGAGAGACCACCUCAGGUUGAGGUUCAUGUUUGGACCAUCCGAAAAGGCAUCCUCCAGCAAUUCCAUAUUGAGAAGAUCUCCAAGAGGAUGUUUGAGGAGCUCCAUCACUUCAAGCUGGUGACCAGGACAACCUUAAGCCAAUGGAAGAUCUUCACUGAAGGAGAAGCCCAGAUCAGCCAGAUGUGUUCAAGCCGUGUGUGCAGAACAGAGCUUGAAGAUUUGGUGAAAGUUUUAUACUUGGAGAGGUCUGAAAAGGGCCACUGUUAG